AUUCAGUGUUUAUUUUCAUAGUUGGAUAAAUAUUGUAUUUUAGUUUAAUGUUUUUUAAGUGAAUUUGAUAGGAGGACUUGUCGCAUUUAUUUUCUGGCGUCCUAUAUUUUCACACGGGGUGGAGCAAGAAAUGGCGAUUCGCAGCACACGAGAGACGGUUCGAGGUCUUAUGCGGGCAAUUUCUGCUACAACAUGCAGAUGUCCCGCUCAUGCUCAGAUGGACCCCCGGGCUACUCCAGUCCUCAAGGUCAAAAGCAGCGCUAGUGACAACAGAGAAUAUGCCUUUGAGAUGGCGUGUUCAAACAUCAGAUAUGGCGAAGGCGUCACCCAAGAAGUCGGCCUGGACUUCAUUAACAUGAAGGCAAAGAAGGUCGCACUCUUCACAGAUUCCAAACUAGUCAAUCUUCCACCUGUUAAAGUUGCAAUUACGUCCCUGGAACAAAAUGGCGUCAACUAUCAACUGUACGAUAAAGUACGCGUGGAGCCUACUGACGUCAGUUUCAAGUCUGCCAUAGAGUUUGCCCGUGCUGGUAACUUUGACGCGUAUCUGGCGGUGGGCGGUGGUUCCGUCAUGGACACAUGUAAAGCUGCCAAUCUCUAUGCAACAAAACCUGACGCGGAAUUCUUAGACUUUGUCAACGCUCCUAUUGGGAAGGGUCUCCCGGUAGAGCAUGAAUUAAAGCCCUUGAUUGCUGUGCCAACAACCUCAGGAACUGGUAGUGAAACGACUGGCGCUUCUGUCUUUGACUACAUUCCCAUUGGUGCUAAAAUAGGAAUUGCCAACCGUGCCAUACGACCAACUCUUGGGAUCGUUGACCCUCUCCACACUCUGCACAUGCCUGAGCGAGUGGCUGCAUACAGCGGUUUCGACGUUCUUUGCCAUGCCCUUGAGUCCUACACAGCUCUUCCAUACCUGGACAGAAGUCCCCGGCCCACGAACCCCAAAUUCAGACCAGCAUUCCAGGGAAGCAACCCCAUCAGCGAUGUCUGGUCGAAUCACGCACUCAGGGUAGUUGCAAAGUAUUUCAAAAGGUCUGUGUCAGAUCAAUCCGACAUGGAGGCCCGUUCACAGAUGCAUCUCGCAAGCGCAUUUGCCGGUAUCGGUUUCGGAAAUGCAGGAGUACAUUUAUGCCAUGGUUUGUCGUAUGCCAUCGCUGGAGGUGUGCGGACCUAUCAACCUGAUGAUUAUACCAAGGAUCACCCAAUUAUUCCUCAUGGUCUGUCUGUCGUCCUGACUGCUCCGUCUGUCUUCAAGUUCACCGGUUCAUCUUGUCCGGAGAGGCAUCUUGAAGGUGCAAAAAUCUUAGGCGUUGAUGUGACAAACGUAAAGUUGGCCGACGCCGGCCUCGUGCUGUCCGAACGAAUGAGAGAAAUUAUGCAGGAUAUGAAGAUAGAAGAUGGUUUGAAUGCGGUCGGGUUCACCAGCGCCGAUAUCCCCCAGCUAGUCAAGGGCACACUUCCACAGACGAGGCUCACGGCUCUAUCACCGCGGCCUCAAUUGGAGGAGGACUUGGCCAUGCUCUACGAGACCUCGAUGAAGAUCUACUAGAAUUGAUUACUGCGAACAAUUACAAAAUGCUCGAUAGAAUAGUUGAGCAGGUUUAUGCAGGUUGCAACAUUAAACAGAAUAAAUAGGUUUAAUGCAGGGUUGAGCUGUUAUCUCCACUCAGUAGUUUAUGCAGGACACUUUCAAUGAGACAUUGGAUGAUUCACAUAUAAAGGACUAGAAAAUGCUCUUGUUUCAGUUUUGUGCAGAAAGGUACAUGACGUGUUUCGUAAAAUCUUUUACUAGUUUUUAUUCAUAUAACCCAUUGUUUUUACUCUCUGAUCAUAACGAAAUGUCAAUGCUUUAUUUAUAAUUACGCCAAAAUUAGACUGAUGAAUUGAUAAUCACAGCAAAAAUAAUGUUUUGCAAUAUAACGUGCCACUAUUGGCAUCAAGACACGUGAUAUUUUACAGUCUCGCAUCUGUGAUUUGAGGUCAGCCCAAUAUGGACACGAUUCAUUUAUAUCCUACUGGUCCACUGGAGUUGUCCGUGGACCUUUCUCAGCCCUGAACCUGGGAUACUUAUUGAUGGUGAGGUCAUGUGAUAAUUGAACUUAAAGGAGGAGUGUGUCGAGAUAACGUUGGUGAACAAUUACGAUGUUUAUAAUUUUGUGAAGUAUAAUGUUGAUUUUACUGGAAUGCAAUUAUAAUAAUGGUUAUAUAUCA